UACUGGCAGUGUUACUAGCUCCCCAUCCCGGGAUCAAUCACGGAUCAGGUCUUGUGACAUUUCUCUUCCAUGUGGUGCCAUUGCUGACAGCAUGAAAUGGGAAGGGGUUUUAACACCCUUUUAUAGUCAACUGUCUGCUGUACGCCUGUGUAAUGAAUAAUUAGACUCACCUGUUGAAUUCUUGUUAAAUUAGACAUUUGUAGUCUAAAAUUUUGCUUUGCUCCAGAGACUUUCAGUAGGGUUGUACUCAUUUUUGCAUCACCCUAAUUUGAGUAAAACUGAAAAAUGUGUAAUCUAAGUUAUAUUAUUAACCUUACUUUCAUGUUAUAAGUAAAAGUCUCUCCAGCAUGGUGCAAAAGGCACAAAGUAUUUAUACAAAUACUUUAGCUAAAGUAAAAUGUUUUGAAUAAUAUCUAAUACGUACUUGUUCAAAACAAUCACUUUAGCAAAGUUUCUACUAUUUUCAGUUUAUUUUGAUAAAAUAAUUUAUUUUUAUUCAAUAAAUAUAUUGUCAUUGAAAUAUGAUCCCAUAAUAAUUUAAUAUAGCUUUACAGUAAUAACAAUAAAUAUAUUUUAUUAUCUGAUAUGAUUAAUAUAUUUAUAAAUAUGAUGGUUUCAUUAUAAACAUAGUGAUUAUCUCUGAAGUAAGAUAAGAUAAGGGUAUCUUUGCCGGAAGCUAGCUAUUUUAGUUUAUAAAGUUUUAAAUAUGGACAUUUUUCUUUAAAAAAACCCAUCGAUUCGCAUCAGAAGGCCUUUAUCAACCCCCUGGAGCCGUAUGGAUUAUUUUUUAUGAUAGAUGGAUGCAUUUUUGGGGCUUCAAAAUCUCGACCCCCAUUCACUACCAUUAUAAAGCUUGGAAGAGCCAGGAUAUUUUUAAAUAUAUCUCCGAUUGUGUUCGUUUGAAAGAAGGUUCACCUAUGAUGGCUUGAGGGUGAGUAAAUCAUGGGAUAAUUUUCAAUUCUUCCUCAGAAUUGCAAGUUUAUAUCCCGCAAUUCUAUUCCCCCCCUCAGAAUAGUGAUAGGCCUAAACAACUCACAAUUGCGAGUUAUAAAGUCCAAAUUGGGAGAUAUAAACUCGUAAUUGCGAGGCGGGAAAAAAGAGUCUGAAUCGUGAGAAAAAAAUGUUAUAGGUUUAAAUAUUAUUUCAUGCUGUAACUCCAGGGCUAAUACAUUAUGUCGGAUAUGAACUGCAUAUGUGAAUAUUAUGUAGACCUAUCAAAUUCAUGCUUUAAUGGUAGACUAUCAUCCCAUUGCGUGAUACAAAGUCAGAAUUGCGAGAUAUUAAGUCAAUUCUGACUUUAUAAAAAGUAAGAAUUGUGAGAUGCAAACUCGCAAAUGCUCGAUCAGCGAAAAAAUGUCGCUCGAUCAGCGUACUUUUGCCAUGGUUACCUCAAUCGCUAACAGCUAUUACUGUUCGUAAGUCUCUUAUUGUUCUCAAAUCUUUUAUUUCGUGCCAUAACUUGUAAUCUAACUUUUUUGAUCACUGAAAUCACUUGAAAUAAAGUCAUAAUAAUGCAUAGGUAAAAAAAAAAAGUGAGUGACUGAGUAUCAGUCAUAGGCUACAUGCCUCUAGCCAAUCUUUGCCCCUCAUAGGCGGGUAACGCCAAUGCGUGUGUACCUCUGGAUAUAUUAGUGGAAGCGCACGGCUGGUGGGCAAACCGCUGAGAGAACUUCUUCAGCCGAACACGGACUGAGGCAGGUAGCAGGUGGAACGCGCCGUUGGAUACUCAACUAUGGGUGACCCUUUCAACAGCAGCAGCAGGGUGUUUAACCGAACCUCUCAGGGUCAUGUCACAUUUGGAAAUCUGGAGGACAUUGACGUAACCGCGGACAGGAGCCCGGUCUUGAGGAUCAUGAUCUCCGUGGUGUACAUUCUCGUGUGCGCAAUAGGCUUAGUAGGGAAUUCGCUCGUCCUCUUCAUCAUGAGAGUGAAACACUGCAAACAGAGCACCACCAUUAAUGUGUUCAUCAUUAACUUAGCUGUCACAGACAUCCAGUUCGUCCUGACGUUGCCGUUUUGGGCGGUGGAUACCGCUCUGGAUUUCAGCUGGCCGUUUGGAGACGCCAUGUGCAAGAUCAUACUGUCCGUCACUGUGAUGAACAUGUACGCCAGCGUCUUCUUCCUCACUGCUAUGAGCAUCACUCGAUACUGCUCUGUGGCUUCAGCCGCCAAGACUAGGGUCCGUCCACCAGCAUCAUGCUCUGUCAAAUGGGUUUGCGCGUUUUUGUGGGUCGUUGCUACAGUCGCCACCGCGCCAACAUCCAUUUUCUCCACGGUGACAAACGUGGCUGGAGAAAAGCUCUGUUUACUAAAGUUUCCUGCAGGACAAUACUGGCUGGCCUUUUAUCAUUUGCAAAAAAUCCUGGUUGCUUUUAUUCUGCCCAUGUUGAUCCUUUCCGUGUUUUAUUUGUUGCUUCUGAGAUUUGUGAGAAAGCGAAAUCUGAAUAACAUUCAUUCAAAGCACAGGAUUCAUGUCACCAAAUCUAUCACAGUUGUGGUUCUUUCAUUCUUUCUUUGCUGGAUGCCGAACCACGCGAUCACAUUUUGGGGUGUGCUGGUCAAGUUGAACGUGAUUCACUGGGACGAGGCUUAUUAUAUUGCCCAUACUUAUGUAUUCCCCGUUACUGUUUGCUUAGCUCAUACUAAUAGCUGCUUAAAUCCUUUUAUAUAUUGUCUUACGAGAAGGGCAUUGAGAAAGAAACUGAAAAAUUGUUUGUCAAAUAUUGCUCCUUGGUUAUUAAAGAGGUCUUUUCAGAAAUCUACGAGGCGUCCGUGAACCGAGAUGUGACACAAAUGCAUCGAUAUUAAAAUUGCAGAUCGACCAUUUUAUGCUGAAGAGAUUCAUAAGUAUUAUGAAUCUAUUAUAAUUAUUAUAAUAUAUUAUUAAGUUUUCUUGCAUAUGAUAAUUUAUUGUUGGGUGCUAUUCUUUAGAGACUAGACUGAAUUUAUUGCUAGACCCAUAAAAAAAAUUCGAAAAUGAAUAUUGGUUUAUAGAAUGGUCAAACUGAUUAUCGGUCUAUCUUAAACAAUGCCAUCUUUUAUUAAACCGAGAAGUUCAAAAAUGUAUGCAUGUUUAAAAAUGACUAUUAAAGCAACAACAACAGUCUGUCUUUACAAAUACUAAAACAUAUCAAUUGUAAAACACAGGCAUAUUUCCCGUUGUGAAUAAGGUUGACAUGAAUAAAUCAUUAUAAACAGUA